AUGAACCGGCGAGACAUGCAAGAGCUACGCGACAAGUUCGACGAGUUUAGUAUGUUUCUGCAUUCUUCGAGCGGAAGUGUAUUUGAAGAUCCGGCGUCGUUGCAGAUCGAAACAAACUCGUCCAUCAUGCAAAGUCAUAAUGAUCAAGUAGAAGAAGGAGCAAACGUUACACCAGGCUCCACGGGUAAUGAUGGAUCGGAUAGUACUGAGGUUGAGGGCGAGGCAACUCUUGAUCAUAUUGAAGUUGAAGAUAUAUUCGAAGACGCAUUAGAGCACAUUGACGCAGAUCUAUCCGACUCCCUAUCCACCCUAGUCCACUCGGACGAAGAACUUGGCAGCUUGAAGCACUCUCUGAGCCUGAAAGAGAGCUCCGUCGCCCUAUUUGCUUCCGAUUGCUCUCAGAUAACAACACGACGUGGUGCAAUACCAGUCGGACUCGGCUUUCUCCAUUGGAGCACCACCAAUCAUAUUGAGCGCCGACCAAAUGGAGAUGUCCGUAGAUCCUCAUACCAUACUACCUUCCGGUUCCUCCCCUCCUUGUCAAUAUACUCUGGCGGCCUCCAGCUGCUGUGCAAAUGGAACAGCAUCUACGGCGGUGUCCGGAUACCAUGGGGUACUCUACGCCCGGUGAGCCGGGUGCCGGAUGAUGCACCAAUUAUCAAGGCAGUCCAGCGCGGUCAUCUUGUCAAGGUGAUCGAGCUUAUUUCGUGUGGGCAAGCUUCAGUGCAGGAUGUUGAUACAUCCGGGAAGGGCCUGAUAGAGCAUGCCAUCUUUCUGGGAGUCUUUACUCUGGAUCGAUUAUUCAUUACCAAGUCAGUCCUCAUACUAGCUCAGUAUUUGGUCAAAUGCGGUGCUGAGCCUGCAAAGGCAAUGUCUGCGAUUUACGAUUAG